UGUGUCUGUGGAAAGAUGGCGGUCAGCAUCCGAGGCCGUCCUCUCCGAAGUAUACGGAUGCGAGGUCGGAAUGACAGCGGGGAGGAAAACGUACCGCUGGAUCUCACAAGAGACCCCGCUGACAACCUGCGAGAAAUCCUCCAAAAUGUGGCCAAACAACAGGGUGUCUCCAACAUGAGAAAACUGGGCCAUCUGAACAACUUUGUUAAGCUUUUGUGCAAUGUUGGCCAUUUGGAAGAGAAGCUUGGUUUUACCUAUGAAGAAAUCAUCAUCUGCCUGCGGCUUGCUCUGCUCAACGAGGCCAAGGAGGUACGGGCAGCAGGUCUCCGAGCACUGCGCUACCUGAUCAGAGACAGCAGUAUUCUACAGAAGGUCCUGCGACUCCAAGUAGACUACCUGAUCGCUAGGUGCAUUGACAUCCAGCAAAGCAACGAGGUGGAGAGGACACAAGCUCUGAGACUUGUACGAAAGAUGAUCACUGUGAACGCCCUGCUCUUCCCGAGCUCUGUGGCCAACUCCCUCAUCGCUGUGGGCAAUGACGGUCUGCAGGAACGUGACCGCAUGGUGCGUGCAUGUAUCGCCAUCAUCUGUGAACUCGCGUUGAAGAACCCAGAGUUGGUUGCCCAGAGAGGUGGUCUCAGCACCAUCCUUAAGAACGUGAUCGACUGUCAGCUCAGCCGCAUCAACGAGGCUUUGAUCACCACCAUCCUGCACCUGCUCAACCACCCACACACGCGCCAGUACGUGCGGUCCGACGUGGAGCUGGAGCAAAUCCUAGCACCUUACACAGACUUUCACUACAGACACAACCCAGAUACUGCAGAGGGACAGCUCAAGGAAGACCGGGAAGCUCGAUUUCUGGCUAGCAAGAUGUCCAUAGUCGCUUCUUUCCGAUCCUGGUCAGGCAUCAUUAACCUUUGCAAGUCAGACAACUCUGGAAUCCAGUCUCUGAUUGGCCUGCUCUGUAUACCAAAUAUGGAAGUGAGGAGGGGUUUAUUGGAAGUGAUGUAUGAUAUUUUUCGGCUGCCCAUUCCAGUAGCGACACCCGACUUUAUAGAAGCCCUCACCAGCGUGGACCCCAGUAGGUUCCAAGACACUUGGAGACUUUCGGAUGGUUUUGUCGCCUCAGAAGCAAAAAUUAUCCUCCCUCACAGAGCGAGAUCAAGACCUGAUUUAAUGGAUAACUACCUGGCCUUGGUACUGUCAGCUUUCAUCAGUAGCGGACUCUUAGAGGGUCUGGUUGAAGUGAUUACAAGCAGCAAUGACUCUAUCUCUGUCCGAGCGACCAUCCUUUUAGGGGAGCUACUUCACAUGGCCAACACCAUACUCCCACAUUCUCACAGUCAUCACCUGCAUUGCCUGCCCACGCUCAUGAACAUGGCUGCAUCUUUUGACAUUCCUCAGGAGAAAAGAAUGCGUGCGAGUGCCGCGGUGAACUACCUGAAACGUUUUCACGAGAAGAAGAAACGAGGGCCCAAACCUAACAGCCUUUACCUGGACCACAUCAUUCGCAAAUCCAUGGCGACGCAUUACUGUCGAGACCAGCACCUGCGUCCGCAGAGAGACAUCUUCAUCAUCAAGGACACCGAGGAUGCCCUCAUGAUGCACCUGAGAGAGAGUCACAUCCUCCAUCAUAAACAGAAUCUGGACUGGAACUGGAUUCUGAUUGGAACUAUAUUGAAGUGGCCAAAUGUCAACCUUCGGAACAACAAAGACGAGCAGAUGCACAAGUUUGUGCGAAGAUUGUUGUUCUUCUACAAGCCCAGCAGUAAGCUUUAUGGCAGCCUUGAGCUGGACCACAGCAAGGCCAGACAGCUUACGGUUGUGGGCUGUCAGUUUAUUGAGUUCCUGUUAGAGUCAGAUGAGGAUGGUCAGGCCUACCUCGAAGACCUGGUGAAGGACAUUGUGCAGUGGCUCUCCUCAACAUCAGGGCUCAAGUCAGACCGCAGUCUGCAGAGCAAUGGCCUGCUCAACACCCUCAGCCAGCACUACUUCCUGUUCCUGGGCACUCUCUCAGCCCACCCCAGUGGUGUGAAGAUGCUUGAAAAGUGUAGCGUCUUCCAGUGCCUGCUGAACCUGUGCUCCCUGAAGAACCAGGACCACCUGCUGAAACUCACAGUAUCUACACUGGACUACAGUCGGGAUGGCUUAGCCAGAGUCAUCCUCUCCAAGAUUCUCACAGCUGCCACUGACAACUGCAGGCUAUACGCCACCAAGCAUCUGCGGGUUCUCCUGCGGGCCAGUGUGGAGUUCUUCAGUAACUGGGGCAUUGAGCUGCUGGUUACUCAGCUCCAUGACCGUAAUAAAGCCAUCUCAAUGGAGGCUCUUGACAUCUUGGAUGAGGCCUGUGAGGACAAGGCAAACCUGCAUGCUCUUAUUCAAAUGAAGCCAGCACUGACUCAUCUUGGUGACAAGGGCGUUCUCCUACUUUUACGGUUCUUGUCUAUUCCAAAGGGUUUUUCCUACCUCAAUGAGAGGGGUUAUGUCACUAAGCAACUGGAAAAAUGGCAGAAGGAGUAUAAUUUAAAGUAUGUGGACCUGAUUGAGGAGCAGUUGAAUGAGGCACUCACUACUUACCGCAAGCCUGUUGAUGGAGAUAACUAUGUGCGACGGAGCAACCAAAGGUUACAAAGGCCAAAUGUUUAUCUUCCUGUGCACUUGUAUGGUCAACUUGUACAUGAUAAAACUGGAUGCCAUCUAUUGGAGGCUCAGAAUGUGGUUGCUGACCUAAGCUAUACUGUGCGUUCCCCAGUGCUGGACAAGUGGGAGGGUAUUAAACAGCUGAAAGCCGCCCUCUGGGCCUUGGGUAACAUCGGCAGCUCUAACUGGGGAUUAAACCUCCUCCAGGAAGAGAAUGUGAUCCCAGAUAUUGUGGCUUUAGCUCAGCACUGUGAGGUCCUGUCCAUAAGGGGGACAUGUCUGUAUGUUUUGGGCCUAAUCUCAAAGACUAAGCAAGGCUGUGAGCUUUUAAAGCUUCAGGGUUGGGACUCAGUACGGCACAGCAGGAGACAGUUGUGGCCUGUGGUUCCAGAUGAAGUGGAACAGCAGCCACCCAGCCUUCUCUCUUCUGUCCCAAGCACACUCAGCCUCAACUCUGAGUCAACCAGUUCCAGACACAACAGCGAGAGUGACUCCACUCAACCUGGGAUGUACAUAAUGGAUGAUGAUAAAUUAGAGAGUUCUGAUCUGUCAGAAGACCAGCCUCUCUACAUCAGACCUAAACUCCUGAAGGACCGGAGCCCCUUCACCAUCUUGGCGUCCAGUCGCUUUGUCCGAAACCGCUUCCUCAUCUCUCUCUCCGGCAAGAAGCUGCGCAGCACCAGCGAGCAGAAGGGCACUGGCAGCGCUAAGCUCCACAGUGACACCAAACUCAGCGGACUGAGGAGAAACCGCACAGUCACCGAGCCCUCCCUCUACUCCCCGGGCCAAGGAGAUGUGUUCUCGCCCGUCUUUGGCGACGGCCAACUGCCCAAAAGCCAGACGGUCACCCAGGAGACGUCCUUUUUGGGCAGUAAAGGUGCAGAGGCCCAAGGGAGCACACCCAGCAUUGGAGAAGCGGACGUGCGACUCCCUCGGGCUGAGCGGAGCUCCGGGGCCGGGGAGAGUCACCGAGAGCAGACGAGUCGGGAGAGGCUGGCGGGCGACGGCUCCUCCUCCGGAGGCGGGGCCCACUUCAAGAGCCGGAGUCAGAGCUUCAACACGGACACUACGACCAGCGGCAUCAGCUCCAUGAGCUCCAGUCCGUCCAGAGAGACAGUGGGGGGCGUGGACUCAUCCACCGUCGACACGGACUGCGUGAGUCUCAAUACUGUGAUCAGCGCCCAGACCAUAAAGACGUUGCAUUCUCUCACACCGCAGUCCAACCACCUGCCCCUUUCUAAAUCAAACUCUGUACUGCUGGUUCCCCCUGGUUCUUCUCACACUCUACCCCGACGAGCCCAGUCCCUCAAAUCGCCUUCCGUGACGACCAUCACCAGCCUAACCGACUGCAGUUUUAUGUACACUAGUCCAAGGGAUGCGCUGGGUUACGCAACGCUCAAACGCUUGCAGCAGCAGCGCAUCCACCCCUCUCUCUCACACAGCGAAGCCCUGGCCUCUCCCGCCAAGGAUGUGCUCUUCGCUGAUGCCAUCACCAUGAAGACCGGUAGCCUGGAUUCCCGGCUCACUCCCCGCAGGUAUACUAAAAAGCGCUUCCGCUGCCUCGGCCACAGCCCCGUUGGGCCGCAUCGCAGAACUUUCUUCCCACGGUUUCUGAAAGCUCUGAGCUUUGCCUCUCUGGAUAAGGAAGACCUCCUGAGUCCCAUUAGCCAGACGACACUGCAGCGUUCCUCUUCUGUGCGUUCCAUGGUGUCCAGCACCACGUACGGCAGUUCAGAUGACUACAUUGGCCUGGCUUUGCCCAUGGACAUCAACAGCAUGUUCCAAAUAAAGGAAACUCCAUAUUUCCAGAAAAGAACCAGCCCACCAUCGGAGGAUAGAUCGGCCAAGUUCUUCUCUGGGGACUCCGAUGGUCCCAGCGAUAGCUCACGUCACGCAGUCUUAAAAUCCCAACUGAGUAUCACUGAGCUCAUGGCUGUGAGUAAGACAGACCAGCAGCAGCUCUUAGGAUCAGAGGAGACUGGCCUGCAGGAACACAGCGAGGAGAACUGCCUGUACUGUGUGGGCCUCCAUGUGCUCGGUUGCAAUGCACACAAUUCAACACAGAACCGUGCGGACUAUGCUGAUGUGCCAUACUCAGAGUGGUGCAGUCAACCCAUGCACAAUCACCUGGAGGUCAUGACCCAGUCCAAGUUCUCCGGCGUGUCCGGCUGCAGUGAUGCCGUGUCUCAGGGUUCUGCCGGGAGCACACGGAGCACCGAGCUGGUUCUUGGGGUCAAGACCAUUCCGGAAGAUGCUCCCGCCUGCCGAGUGCUGCUGAGGAAAGAAGUGCUCCGUCUGGUGAUCAACUUGAGCUCUUCAGUCGGAACCAAGGGUCACGAGACAGGACUUCUCACGAUCAAGGAGAAGUUUCCGUACGCGUUUGAUGACAUCUGCCUGUAUUCAGAGGUGUCUCACCUCUUGGCUCACUGCAUGUUCAGGCUAGCCUCUCGACGUUUCAUCCAAGAACUCUUUCAGGAUGUCCAGUUUACACCGAUGUAUGAGGAAGCUGAAAGCAUCCUAUCAACACCACAGAAGCAUGUCAUCUCAGAGCCUCCAUCUGAGCCUUGA